GAGCAAGUCCACCUGCGAUACGUGAUAACAUAAUCAGACAUAUUUCAUACAAUUUCUACUGCUAGUUUUCUAGGAAAAUGUGUUCUCUAAGGCGAAACACUCUCAGCCAAAAGCUCAUCUGCUUCGUUGUGCUUUGCAUGGUGUUGACAUCCACGCUUACUUGCGCACAAGUUACUUUUUCGCGCGACUGGAACGCCGGUAAGCGAUCACUAGGGGAAGCUGCUCAACCGACGAGCGAAUGUGCUGCCGUGUGGCGUUCGGUUACGAAUCUGUGUGCUGCCGUGACGAAAAACAUUCAACACCUCACGAUGUGUGAGGCCAGAGCGCUAAUGAAGAGUAUACAGAACGAUGAUACUUCAAUGGAGAACAAUGGUAGUGGAAACCUUCAGCUAUUCUCGAACGGACGCUUGUAAACGGAUUUUACGUGCAUGGAUUAUUUACUAUAAUGGUUGGUUGGAUUUGACGUCUUGAAAUAAAUCGGCAAAGCAAAAUGAUAACAUAAUAUUAUAUUAUUGAACUAUUUUGAAA